UGCACAUGGGCUCCAGUAUCCUGAAGGAACAAGUGUCGUAUGAACCAAUUGUUGGGCACUGGUUACCAGGGUCUGCAUCUCCUGAUGUUGAUCCACUGCUUUGUGGAUCAGACCUUUACGUCAAGGGCUCCGAGUGUGACUCCCUAAGAAUACCACCUGCUUUGGUCUGGGCACCCGGGCAUUAUCAUAGCCCACAUACAAAUCAAGUAACUUGUGUGGCACAUAUAUAUCUGGUGCCCCUUUUUACCAAUAUUUAUGUGUUCAGAUAAAUUAAUAAAUACGUUUCACUGCUAUAAAUUUGACUGGAGCUCACUUCAUCGAAGUAAACUCGUCACUUAGUUGACAUAUUGAUAUCUUAUAUAUUCCACAAGUAACGCAAGUUGACUAAAGACAACCCAGCUCUGUGUUCGUGUCGGGAUUCCAUCAAAUUCCAACCCCCCAAGGCUGAUGAGACUUCCAUGAUAAUUGCACCGUCAGCUACGUCACUUCUCAUAUCUUUACUGAUACUUUCCCGUUUUUUUAAACAAUUUAUAGAUUAUGUCUCAAAUGUUGACAGUCGAUAUAAAGCCGACCAAAUCGUUUCCUGGCCAGAAACCAGGUACAAGUGGUUUACGUAAACCAACGAAAACUUUUAUGCAACAUGGGUACACUGAGAACUUCAUACAAUCUAUUUUAAAUGCAGCUGUUGGUGAAUUGUUGAACAAAUCUCAACCAGUUCGACUUCUUUUAGGAGGGGACGGUCGCUAUUUUGUACGAGAAUCAUUAGAAAGUAUCAUUAUUCCAAUAUGCUUAGCAAAUGGGGUAUCUGAAUUGUUUGUUGGUCAAAAUGGAAUCCUGUCCACUCCAGCUGCAUCAUUCAUAAUUCGUAAGCAUCAGUUGAAUGGUGGAAUUCUUCUAACAGCCAGUCAUAAUCCUGGUGGACUAAAUGCAGACUUUGGUAUUAAGUACAAUUGUGGGAAUGGUGGACCAGCACCAGAGAAAUUAACGGAUGCUAUUUUUGCACAAAGUGAAAAGUUGACUUCCUAUAAAACUGUCAAAGAACCAUUAAAUAUUCAGUUAAACUGUAUUGGUUCAAAGAAAUAUACUUUAUCUAAUGGUCAAACUUCCAUAGUAACGAUCAUAAGCAGUGUUUCUGAUUAUGCCGAUUACAUGCGUACAUUGUUCGAUUUUGAUGCUAUUAAAACACUACUGAUUGGUUCAGAUGAGCGUGAACCAUUUAAAUUGCUUGUCAGUGGUCUUAAUGGAGUCAUGGGACCUUACAUUCAUGAGAUAUUAUGCAAUCAACUUGGAUUAAAUUCAGAGUUAGCUAUUAAAUCUCAACCAUUAGAAGAUUUCGGCGGUGGUCAUCCUGAUCCAAAUUUGACUUAUGCCGCAGAUCUUGUCCAAAUGAUAGUGACUGAUUCAUCACUUGCAAUGGCAGCCGCUUUUGAUGGUGAUGGUGAUCGAAAUAUGCUGAUUGGUCGACACGGGUUUUUUGUAUCACCAUGUGAUUCAUUAGCUGUUAUUGCAGAUAAUACGGAUUGUAUUAAAUAUUUUCAAGAGAAUGGUGUUCAUGGAUUUGCACGAAGUAUGCCUACCAGUAGGGCACUUAAUCUUGUAUGUAAAAGUCGAUCAAUGAAAUGCUAUGAAGUUCCCACAGGAUGGAAAUUUUUCGGUAAUUUAAUGGAUGCUAAAUUAUGCUCUUUAUGCGGUGAAGAAAGUUUUGGCAUUGGUUCUGAUCAUAUACGUGAAAAAGAUGGUUUAUGGGCAUUACUCGCAUGGUUGUCUAUUUUGGCUAAACGUAGCCAAAUUGGUUUACCAGUUGAUGUCGAAUCAGUUGUAAUGGAACAUUGGAAGAAGUACGGAAGAUAUUUCUUCACUAGAUAUGAUUAUGAAAAUUGUGAAUCAAGUCAAGGUGAUGAAAUUAUGAAUCAAUUAAAGAAAUUAAUUGACGAUAAUGGAAUAUCAGGUCAUGUGUAUACCACUCUCAGUGGACGACAGUUCGUUUGUGAUUUUUGUGAUGACUUUUCAUAUGUGGAUCCAAUUGAUGGAAGUCACACAAAAAAUCAAGUAUGUAAAAUUAUAAAUUCACAUAAAUAUAAUAUGAUUUUUAAUUCAAUUUUUAUCUCAUUGAUCUUCUAGUGUCAUUAUGAGAUCAGAUUAAGUAAAGGUAAUUGCUUGUAGCGAAGUGAUCAAGCGAGCAGUAUCCUUGCUCUUAAAUCAUUUGAUUUCCAGCAAAUAGAUUGCAUUUUCGAUCUUUGAAAUUCCCAACUAUACAAAUCUGUGACCUCCACUUCAAGUUUCGCAAAGAGUAUGGGAUAUAUAUAUAUCUAUAUCCUUUGUGUAUGCAAAGUAGGAAGAGAGGGGGAAUAUAAAUUUGUUUAACUUUUUUUAGUUCUCAAAGAAUUAUAAUUUCUAAUGUAUAUGAUCUGUUCACUUAUGUACAUUGACACCGUCACCAAAAUAUUAGAUGUGAAUAAAAUGUUAAACAAUUUCGGUAACAUUUUACGUUUAUUGAGCUAGAUAUUGUUUAAUUAGAAUACGAGAUUUCCAUGAAUGCUCUGAACAUUAACUUGACUACACUAGUCGUAAAUACAAUCACUUAUACAUUGAUUUGUCCACCCACUUGAUCAUUAAUUAGAAAAAAGUCACAUAUACGAAAUUAACAUAAUCCCAUGCUGCGUUUCAUGCUGAACAUAGUUCACCUUAAUUCAAUGCAAAAGAAUAUCAUAUCUUGAAUAAUCAUCACACUGAAAUUAAAACAAAUAUUACAAUGAGUAAUUAUCAUAUUGAAUUAAAAAGAGGUAAUGUUGAACUAGAAUCACAAUUACUAAACAAUGUAAUUUUGUCCUUUCAUCCUAUCACACCACUUCCCUAUUUUAAUUGAAUACUUAGAGGGUCCGUCCGAAGGGUUGAUAUUUCCUUUCGUUUCCACUGGGAUCUCGGCUGGUCGUGUUCCAGCUUCCAGUCGGGUUUUUCAGCUUCAUUUGAGAAAGUUGACAGCCUUCUGACGUCUAUAAUCUACCCUCUUGUUCAAUGCAUAUAUGAUUCUCCCCCUUCCACAAAGCAAUAUCGGAUCUAUGAAAUGGCUAGCCAAUCAGAGGUAGCUCAAUGAGAAGGUCAAUCAAUGGCAGUCAGAAGUGACCUAAAGGUCAAGUGCACUUCAUUGGUUGAGAAAUAGAUCAAUUUCUUAAGGGUUAGAGUGGCAUAUAUAUGCCACUAUAUAUAUGAAUGAGUACUUGUACGUUUUAUUCAGUAGCUCAAUAUACUUUUUCACCCAAUCCUGUAUUUGCUCCCGAGCAGUCAUUUUGGGGGUCAGCGCAUAGCACACCGUGUAUCAGUAUCAGAUUUCGGACACUGCCUGUCACAACAAUCUUCAUAUACCCACGUUACAAAUAAUGUAACUAUACUGACCUGAACUAUCUUAACAUUAUUUGCACUCUCACUAUAUGUAAGAGUAGUGGGGCGUAGGGUAUAUAAAGGUAUUGAAAGAUUCCUACUCUAUGAAUACUUCAUAUCUGCCUAUUGAAAACUUUCAUGUCACUUUUUCUCUGUGGUCUUCAUGAUGAUUUAAGCAUAAACAGUAUAAAGCUUUGGGAUAUAUAUUUAAAUUCUAAUUCAGAAGAUAUUUGUUUAUAGAGCUUAUUGGUUUCAGACCAGUGAUUUACAAAUGGUUUAUUACCUAGUUUUCUUAUUUUACAUCAUGAACUGAUCUUGGUUAGAAAAUCACUGAAAAUCAGGCAACACUAGUGAGCUGUUUCGUCUCAGCAUGGAAUCCCUUAGCAGUGCCCAUCCACAAACCAGCCCACUUGGCUUCUACUGAUUGUCUACCCUAAAGUCAGUCUGUGAUGUUACGACUUAGAAUCGUUUAACCGUACCAUUACCACGAGGUAAUGAUACUGGUAAUGGUAUACGAUUGUAGUGAGCAAACACAGGUGAGAAAAAUCAAUUUAUUUGUUAAUAAAAAAAUUACAAAAUGUUUUCGUAAAAUACGAAAACGAUACAUUAAAUACUCCAUUUGAACACCUUCCACCAAUUGUCUCUUACAAACUUUAUCAUCCCUUCAUUCCUAUUGUUAUUACAGGUACUCUCUGUUCAAAUUUCCGUUCAAUUAUAUCUUCCCAACCUUUUGCUGCCAGGCAUCCCACGUCUGAUUGGUGUUACAUAUUACUUAUGUCGACAGACAUAAGUAGCAUACACCACACAGUGAUUGAAGUAGCGGAGUUCAGAGUUAUUCAAUACUUGUUCAAAAUUAUGCGUGAUUUGUCCGUCACUUUUAUAACUAUAAUUAUUUGAUUAACCCAUUCAUAUGGUACUUGGGUAUCAGUCAUUACUCUAAGUUUGAGGGCUACUUUAUCCCAUUCAGUUGCCUAAACCUAAGUAGGUGCGCAGAGUUCAAACUUGGGACGUAUUGGUAGAGGUCAAGGGCCUUAACCACUUAUUCCUCGUUCCAUUCAUGUGGUGCUUAUGUGACAUUUUCCACAUAUUAAUCCUUGUUUCCAUAUUCUCACUUCAACAAACAUGAUCCCUCGUAUGUUGUAUGAGUUCCAUGGUCUUAUUGUCGUUUCCUUUCUUUAUUUUUGAAAAAAGGGUUUUCGCUUCAUUUUUAAUG